AUGGCGAACAAUAUUCCUCCGGCAUCGUCCAACCCACUCCAGGCACUGUGGGCUACCCCGGGGACCGGAAGAAGAAGAUAUACUUCCAAAGCAUGUGAAGAAUGUCGUCGUCGUCGAGCGAAGUGCGAUGGUUCUCGACCAGUUUGUGGCCGCUGCUUCGGGCGCCAUCUUUCCUGUCAGUAUUCGGCCAAGGAAGAUGGCCGUCAACCGGCCCCCAAAUCCUAUGUCGUCCUCCUGCGAGACCGCGUCGAGAUGUUGGAAGCGGUGCUGCGCAUGCAUGGCAUCACACCCACCCCGACGACUGGCACCGGAGGUUCAACGGAUGCGGAGGGGCUGUGUGAAGCCCUACAGGGCACGCUGACGCUCGAUCAAACCAUGAACUUCGACCAGGACGGGGAGCUCCGGUACUUUGGGCCUUCCAGCGGCCGGCAGCCGAUCCAACAGUAUGCGGGGGGUGGCGAUCUCUCUUCGUCCGAGCCCAGCGGGCAGUCCGACGGGAGCGGCCGAUUUCGGUCGCGUCGAGGGGUUAAUCGACUCUACCAGUCGAUGACCGAGGACGAUCAAAUCGACCCGACACUGGUGAACGAGCUUGUCAGCCUUUACUUCACUUGGGAGUGUCCAUGGGCGCCGGUGGUGGAUGAGGCGCUCUUCCGCCGAAGCUGGCAGGCGAAAGACGAUGAUCGCUAUUUUAGCCCGUCACUCUUCAACGCCAUCCUCGCCUGUGGGUCGCGCCAUAGUGAUCGAGUGGAGGUCCGCUCCGAUGCGGACGAUCCGAAUACGGCCGGCCGCCUUUUCUUGGAAAAGGCCGAGGUGCUCCUCUACUAUGAUCUCAAAUGCCCCAAUAUUGCCACCUUGCAGAGUCUCGUCAUUAUGGCAACCACUUACAUUGCAAUGGGUGCAGAAGCCGCCGGAUGGCUUCAUCAAGGGAUGGCGAGCCGCUUGGCGCAGGAUAUGGGUCUGAAUUUAGACUCGGUGCUUCUUCGAAGCUCGGCGAACCUCUCCAUGGAGGAUGUCGACCUCCGCAGACGAGUCUACUGGGCCCUGUAUUGCGAUGACAAGCUGGCCGCCAGUUAUACCGGCCGUGUGUGCACAUUGAUGGUAGAGUCACUCCUUUUCCUGGAGUUCUCGGUUACGCUGACAUCCAGCUGGCUUGUCAAAUGCGACUGCAGGGACAUGAUCACCGCUCACUUGGUCGCUUUUUCUUUGCUCUGCCAGAUCCUGGAGACGAUUUUGCAGUCACUCUGGGCCCCGCAACCCCUCUUGGAUGAAGCACAGCGCAGCGAGUUCUUCAACAAAUGUCUCCUGCAGCUCCGAUCGUGGUUCUAUGACCUCCCCCCACGGCUCCGGAUUGACCGCCCCAGUCAGUUUCCCCAUGUGUAUGUGCUACACAUGACCUACCACACUGGUUGUAUACUCCUGGCGCGACCAUUCCUGCGCUCCUGGCCGACAUCGGCGGAGAACACGCAAGAGGCGGCGCAGAAACUGUGUCGCAAUGCAGCGCGGGCAAUUCUGGCCACGGCACAGAAAUAUCAGCAACAGUUUAGUAGCUUCCGCCGGAGUCCGAUCUCGGCGACGCAUGCCAUCGUGUCGGCGGCGGUUGUCUUCCUGGGCGAGUACAGCGUAAAUGGCAUUGGGCGCAGCGAGAUCGAAAGUUGCCUGCAGGUGCUGGGGGAAUUGUCAACGUCAUGGAGCUGUGCGAAGCGGUUCUGUCAAAAUCUGCGAACAGCGCUGGACCGCUUGUCCCUAAUUACGAGCCAGCAUUGCCAGAUGUAUCUGUAUUAG